AUGGACUCGGAGGCGCCGCAAUCAACAGCCCUCGUCCGCAAGCGAGUGGACAACGAGCUGAUGCCACCGCCGCCUCCGGCGAAGCGGAUUAAACGGCCUAAGACGGUUAUUGACGAAGACAGUUACACCCAGGCUCUGUCGCAAAUCAUUGCUCGCGACUUCUUCCCGGGCCUCUUAGAGGCCGAGACACAGCAAGAGUAUCUUGAUGCCCUCGAUUCGAAGGACCAGGAAUGGAUUGUCAAUGCAAGCCGACGGCUGCAAAGCGUCAUGACGCCCGGUCGGCAUCGAGCACGAUACAUCUCAUCAGUACAUCCCGGUGGGCGCACGCCCAUUGGUGAUGCGGGCGACACGCCAAUGUCCACGGCCGUCUCUUCAAUCGUCUCUUCAACCCUCGACCCUAAAGUGGCGAUCGACACAAACAUGAACCUUGGCGCAUUUCAGGCGAGAUAUACAAGCGAGGAUAACGAGAGCUUUUAUAAGCUGCUAGACAAGCAAAACCAGAAAAAGGUGGAAAAAUACGCAUGGCUUUGGACAGGAAACAAACUGCCGUCCAAAAUGCAGCAGAAGCAGAAGGAGGUCGAGAAUAAACUUGCCAAGAUCAGAACAAGCCUGGUUGACGAUGGCUUCAAAAAGGACAGGCUAGCCAUCAAAGACAAGGAUGACCGACCCGCGGCUCCAAACCACUGGAACUCGAAGCCAAACAACGAGUUAAUGUUCCCUCCCGAAGGUGUGGAUGACUUGCUGGAAUCAGUUGCCGAGCGAGCGCAAGCAGAGUCUCGGGCUCCGCCGAAAUCAAUCGUGUACGAGAACACAAGAGUACCGCAGCCCCAUGCCGCUAGAGCCGCCAGGGCGUCGUCUCCAACGCUCUCAGAAAUAAGGGGCGCAAUUGCGGGAAAGCGCUCUCCUUUCGAUCAAGAGUCUAGCCUAGCUGGUGGCGGCAAUGAGACACCACGCAUCAAUGGGUACGCGUUUGUGGACGACGAGGAACCCUCGCCCUCGCCACAAGCUCCAGCACCGAUUAUCGACCUUGGUGUGGGGGACGCGACGCCAAACCCAUUCCAGCUUCAAGAGCAGGGGAAGCGCGAGGCUCUCCAUCACCGCAUGGUGGACCGGAUUUCGCAAUCUAAGCGGACAUCAGCUCGGCUUGGAGUCACGGGAAAGGUGGAGAGAACCCCGGUGCCCAAAUUCCCCAGUAGCCCGCGGGUUUCGGGCGGCUUAACGCCUGCCGCUCAGAGGCUAUGGGGCAAGAUCGACAUCUUAUUACCCGAGCUCUCCUUGCCCGCCGUGCAUGAGGGUGGCAUUCUGCCCCAAAAAUCUUGUGACUCCACACUGCUUGCAGAUGUCCUUGUAGACCUGGCGGCGGUUGCGAGUGCUUCUCGUGCCGUCGCCUCCAAGCAUGUCGCACUCCGCGCCCGCCAACUCGACCGUUUCACCAAGACGUCUAGUCUCAUGUCCAGUCUUGGACAGCAAAAGCAACAGCCACAGACACAGCAAGAGGAACAAUGGCAGCAUGCGUCGCAAUCCCAGCACGAAGAGCCAAAGCACACGCGGGCUGAUCAGGCCCGGCAUGAGGUAAAUCCUUCUUCGCUUCCUUCUUCUGGAGCCGAGUCAACAAUAGUAGCGACGUCACCGCGAGAAGGCAACACUGGAGAAAGGCUUGACUUUGAGCCUGCACCCUGGGUAGACGCUAGAGCAAUUUUUCAACAGCCCCGUCCACCUCCACAAUUCCCGAGGCCAUCACCGCCACCCAAAACGCCCGUAGAGAGUCUCGUAGACCAGGCCGGCGCCUUUCCGUCGGCCGAGGUCGAUCUUAACGUCUUUCGAACCGGCAGGGGCUCAAGUAUCCUAGGGUCUAUGAAGAGAGAGGCUCUGACCAAACGGCAUGAUCCAGAGCCGGCACUAAUCACCCAGCCUGUCGUCAACAGGACCGACGGUACAAUUUUGCGCCAGCCCUCGGAAGACAUAACCCCACGUGCUUCAGACGAUGCCCUCGAGCCAAGGGCCGAGGCAACGUCGCUGUUGGAUGGCUCAAAUUCGGCGGCUGGUUUGUCCACCGAUACUGGCACUGCGGGGGCAAGAUCAACCGGGCCACUCUCGGAACAAGACGCGGUCCUUGUUGCUGAACUGACGGCUCGAGCUCCCGGAACUGCUACGUACGAACUCCGUGAGUCAAAGGUGCCGUCUACGCGGAUAGGCAGGCUCUGGAACUACGGUGGUCUGGCCGCUGGCAUGUUUGCGGGGGCUAUCGGCGAGGGUUUGAGCCGCGCGGUGGGCGGCGGCAGCAGCCAGGGGUCAGUCAUGCUCAGUGCGGGAAACAUGGAAAGGCUCGUGGCCAAGCUCUCAAGGAUGCGCGGUGCAGCCCUCAAGCUCGGGCAGAUGAUGAGCUUCCAGGACGCCAAGAUGUUGCCAGCACCUAUUCAAGAAGUGCUGCAGCGCGUGCAGGACCGGGCCGACUACAUGCCGGCCUGGCAGCGCGACCGAGUACUUAUAGCCAACCUGGGGGCCGAGUGGAGGAUGCUAUUCGAUGAAUUCGAGGACAAGCCCAUCGCUGCUGCCUCCAUUGGACAAGUCCACCGAGCGACUCUCAAAUCCAAUGGGGCACGUGUGGCCGUCAAGAUCCAGUUCCCCGGCGUGGCUGACUCGAUCAACUCAGACCUUGACAACAUCAGCGUCUUGCUAGCAGCCGCUCGGCUGCUGCCCAAGGGCCUCUACCUCAACAAGACGAUUGACAAUGCCCGCACCGAGCUAGCGUGGGAGUGCGAUUACCAGCGCGAGGCUGAGUGCGCCAAGCGGUACCGGAAGCUUCUUGCUGUCAACGACGAUGGUGUCUUCUCGGUCCCUGAAAUUUACCCCGAGGCCUGCGGCAAGCAUGUCCUGACCAUGGAGUUCAUGGACGGCGUGGGCGUGACGCGGGUCAAGUCUUUUACACAGGGCCAGCGCGACUGGAUCGGCACCCAGAUCCUGCGGCUGUGCUUGCGCGAGAUCACCGAGUUCAAAUUCAUGCAGACGGACCCCAACUGGACCAACUUUUUAUACAACGCCGAGCGAAACACGCUAGAGCUGCUCGACUUUGGCGCGUCUCGCGAGUAUCCUGACGAGUUUAUUGUCCAGUACGUGCAGCUGCUCGAGGCCGCCUCCCGGUCCGACCGGGAGCAGGUCAAGACGCUCUCGGAGCAGCUCGGCUAUCUGACGGGCCAUGAGAGCAGAGCGAUGCUCGAUGCCCACAUCACCUCUGUCACCACCUUGGCUGAGCCCUUCCUACAGUCGGCCCCCGAGCUGUACGACUUCCAAGACCAGACUAUCACGGAGAGGGUCAAGGCGCAAAUCCCCGUCAUGAUACACGAACGUCUCGCCCCUCCUCCUGAAGAGACGUAUAGUCUGCAUCGCAAACUCAGCGGUGCCUUCCUGCUCUGCGCCAGGCUUGGCAGCAAGGUGAGGUGCCGGGAGCUUUUUGAGCAUGCUCUGGCCAAGAUGGACACCAACAUAAAACCGGACUAA